GUGCGUCUUUUCACUUUCUAGGGUUCAGUAUUGGAUUGGACUCUCAAACUCUCUCUCUCUUUAGUCUCCCGCUCUCUUUCUCUGUUAAUCCCAAAUCUAAAACCCUAACCUAUUUCCACAUUCUCCAGAAAAUUGUUCUCGAUGAACUUCCACUAGAACCCUAAAUCCCCAAAUUACCACUCUCUCCAAACCUCACAAAUCUUCUCCUUCUUCUUCUUCGUCGCCAUUAUCCAUAACCCUAGCGAGGAAGCUCUCUGAAACUCGGCCAUGUACCUCUACAGCCUCACUCUACAGCGACCGACGGGAAUAAUCUCCGCCAUCAACGGCAAUUUCUCCGGCGGAAAGACUCAGGAGAUCGUCGUCGCCAGAGGCAAGGUUCUCGAUCUUCUUCGGCCCGACGAAAAUGGUAAGAUCCAGACUGUUCUCUCCGUCGAAAUUUUCGGCGUAAUCAGGUCUUUAGCUCAGUUUCGGCUCACUGGUGCUCAAAAGGAUUACAUUGUCGUCGGGUCCGAUUCGGGUCGAAUUGUAAUUCUCGAGUAUAACAAGGAAAAGAAUGUGUUCGAUAAAAUUCACCAAGAAACUUUUGGAAAAUCGGGGUGUCGGAGGAUAGUACCGGGGCAGUAUUUAGCCAUUGAUCCCAAGGGUAGGGCUUGUAUGAUUGGAGCUUGCGAGAAGCAGAAACUUGUUUAUGUUUUGAAUAGGGAUACAGCUGCUAGGUUGACUAUUUCGUCCCCCUUGGAAGCACACAAGUCACACACGAUAGUUUAUUCCAUCUGUGGGGUUGAUUGUGGUUUUGAUAACCCGAUAUUUGCCGCGAUCGAGUUGGAUUACUCGGAGGCGGAUCAGGACUCGACUGGUCUGGCGGCCAGUGAGGCGCAGAAGCAUUUGACCUUUUACGAGCUUGACCUUGGGCUUAACCAUGUGUCGAGGAAGUGGUCAGAGCAGGUCGAUAAUGGUGCCAAUAUGUUGGUCACUGUUCCUGGAGGCGGUGACGGACCGAGCGGUGUGUUGGUGUGUGCAGAGAAUUUCGUGAUUUAUAAGAAUCAGGGACACCCAGAUGUUCGAGCUGUGAUUCCUAGGCGUGUUGAUUUACCUGCUGAGCGUGGGGUUCUGAUAGUUUCGGCAGCUAUGCACAAGCAGAAAUCGAUGUUCUUUUUUCUUUUGCAGACCGAGUAUGGAGAUAUAUUUAAAGUUACUUUAGAGCAUGACAAUGACCGUGUUACGGAAUUGAAAAUCAAGUACUUUGAUACAAUUCCCGUUACAUCUUCUAUGUGUGUUCUGAAGUCCGGUUUUCUAUUUGCUGCAUCUGAAUUUGGGAAUCACUCAUUGUAUCAGUUCAAGGCUAUAGGGGAUGAUGAUGAUAUAGAGUCUUCCUCUGCUACGUUGAUGGAAACUGAAGAAGGUUUCCAGCCUGUGUUUUUCCAACCUAGGCGACUUAAGAACCUCGUAAGGAUUGAUCAGGUUGAGAGUUUGAUGCCAAUUAUGGACAUGAAAGUCCUUAAUCUCUUUGAGGAAGAAACAUCUCAAAUAUUUACGCUCUGCGGACGGGGUCCUCGGUCUUCUCUCAGGAUAUUAAGACCAGGUUUGGCAAUCAGCGAGAUGGCCGUGUCAGAACUUCCUGGUGUACCAAGUGCAGUAUGGACUGUGAAAAAGAAUAUCAAUGAUGAGUUUGAUGCAUACAUUGUUGUGUCAUUUGCAAAUGCUACUCUCGUGCUUUCAAUUGGUGAGACAGUUGAAGAAGUUAAUGAUAGUGGGUUUCUUGAUACAACCCCUUCACUUGCCGUUUCUUUGAUAGGAGACGAUUCUCUUAUGCAAGUUCACCCAAAUGGCAUUAGGCAUAUCAGGGAAGAUGGACGCAUCAAUGAGUGGAGAACUCCUGGGAAAAGAACGAUUGUUAAAGUUGGCUCUAAUAGACUUCAAGUAGUUAUUGCUCUGAGUGGAGGAGAGCUUAUAUAUUUUGAGGUUGAUAUGACUGGUCAACUAAUGGAGGUGGAGAAACAUGAGAUGUCUGGAGAUAUUGCUUGCUUGGAUAUUGCCCCAGUACCCGAAGGGAGACAGAGAUCUCGUUUCUUGGCUGUUGGUUCAUAUGACAACACAAUUCGUAUCUUGUCACUGGAUCCUGAUGACUGUAUGCAGAUUCUGAGCGUGCAAAGUGUUUCUUCCACUCCAGAAUCUCUUCUUUUUCUCGAAGUUCAGGCAUCAAUUGGUGGGGAGGAUGGUGCUGAUCAUCCUGCUAGCCUUUUCCUUAAUGCUGGUUUACGAACUGGGGUUUUGUUCAGAACUGUGGUGGAUAUGGUGACAGGUCAACUUUCUGAUUCCCGAUCUCGCUUCUUGGGACUGAGAGCUCCAAAGCUGUUUUCCAUCAUUGUGAGAGGAAAGCGUGCAAUGCUUUGUUUGUCGAGUCGGCCUUGGCUUGGCUACAUUCACCAAGGACAUUUUCUUUUAACACCCCUCUCCUAUGAAACCCUUGAAUAUGCUGCCUCAUUUUCAUCUGAUCAGUGUGCAGAAGGUGUAGUUGCUGUUGCUGGUGAAGCUUUAAGGGUUUUUACUAUUGAAAGGUUGGGAGAAACGUUCAACGAAACUGUCAUUCCACUAAGGUACACUCCAAGAAAGUUUGUACUUCAACCCAAGCGGAAGUUAUUGGUAAUUAUUGAGGGUGAUCAGGGAGCUUUCCCAGCAGAAGAGCGUGAAGCUGCAAAAAAGGAGUGCUUUGAGGCCUCUGGAAUGGGAGAAAACGGAAAUGGUAACAUGGAAAUGGAGAAUGGUGGUGAGGAUGAGGACAGGGACGAUCCCCUAUCUGAUGAGCAUUAUGGUUAUCCCAAGGCCGAGUCUGACAGAUGGGUUUCUUGCAUCAGAGUUCUUGACCCAAAGACUUCAAGUACCACUUGCCUUUUGGAGCUUCAGGAUAAUGAAGCUGCAUUCAGUAUAUGUACUGUGAAUUUUCAUGAUAAGGAGUAUGGCACUCUUUUAGCAGUUGGUACAGCGAAGGGACUGCAGUUUUUUCCAAAGAGAAGUUUAACUGCAGGAUUCAUUCACAUAUACAGGUUUCUAGAGGAUGGAAAAUCCCUUGAACUUCUGCACAAGACACAAGUGGAAGGUGUUCCUCUUGCUUUGUGCCAAUUUCAGGGGAGAUUACUUGCUGGAAUAGGACCGGUGCUCAGAUUAUAUGAUCUUGGGAAAAAGAGAUUGCUUAGGAAAUGUGAGAAUAAGCUCUUCCCCAACACAAUCGUAUCAAUUCAAACAUAUCGUGAUCGAAUUUUCGUUGGUGAUAUUCAGGAGUCAUUCCAUUAUUGCAAGUACAGGCGAGAUGAGAAUCAGCUGUACAUAUUUGCCGAUGAUUGUGUCCCAAGAUGGCUCACUGCAUCGUAUCACGUGGAUUUUGACACAAUGGCAGGUGCAGACAAGUUUGGUAACAUCUAUUUUGUGCGAUUACCACAGGAUGUUUCAGACGAGAUAGAAGAAGAUCCAACUGGUGGGAGGAUAAAGUGGGAGCAGGGAAAGUUGAAUGGAGCUCCCAACAAGGUAGAGGAGAUAGUGCAGUUCCAUGUUGGCGAUGUGGCCACUUGCUUGCAGAAGGCUUCUCUGAUUCCAGGUGGUGGGGAGUGCAUGAUUUAUGGGACAGUGAUGGGCAGUUUGGGGGCACUGCUUGCAUUCACAUCCCGUGACGAUGUUGACUUCUUUUCUCACUUGGAGAUGCAUAUGAGGCAGGAGCAUCCACCCUUAUGUGGAAGAGAUCACAUGGGUUAUAGAUCUGCUUAUUUUCCAGUCAAGGAUGUAAUUGACGGAGAUCUUUGCGAGCAAUUCCCAACAUUGCCCCUGGAUUUGCAGAGAAAAAUUGCAGAUGAGUUGGAUAGAACGCCUGGGGAGAUUCUUAAAAAACUUGAAGAAAUCCGGAACAAGAUUAUCUGAGAAGGAUCAUAAAAAGGUUUUUCGUAGCACUAACUGGAUGGGCAGGCGUGCGUAGUGAGUUCAUGUUGAUCAGCGUCACACUAAAGCGGGAAAAGCAUGCCAAAAUUCUGCUUUCAUUUUAAGAAGGGAGAUGUUUUUUUUAUUAAGGAUACAGAGAAGGAUGACCUUAUUGAGAGUAUCCAAAGUUAUAUUGAGAAAUCUGAUAUUCCAUCCUCGCACUUUGUAGGCUUCAUUUGUAUUGUUGUAAUUAGUGUAAUAGAUUUUGCUUCGUCUUUCCAACCUUCCGUGGAAUAGAUUUAGUGAUACUAAUUAGAUUGAAUCUACAUCUGGGUUCGAACCACCUCAUGGCACCUAUAUAUGAAAACUGUCAGAGUUUUCUUGCCUUCUAAA